AGAAAGGAACCAGAAAUAAACCAGCCACAAAAAAGAUGAGUUGUGUGUCAUUCUUUCAGCUGGAAGCCUGUAACAUCAGCACCUUGCAAUAGCCGCACCGUGGAACAAAUGAUUUCUCUGUGUUGGAAGGAGAAUUCACACAGACAGACCUUUUCUAUCAAGGUGAUGUGGCUACCUACCACUCCAGGUGAGAAGAACCCUGUGAUGUCAGUGUCCUGGGCUUGGCAAAAUAGAGAGAGAUCACGUAGCAUCAUCCCAGAUGUAAAUCCAAGGUCAGACACAGCAGAAAAUCCCAAAGAAAUUGCUGCACUACCUGGGCAUUUCUAAAGGGAAAAAGACUAUGAUUGUGACCUAAUCCUUGGACUGUGACAAUUAUGAGCCAUGGCUGGAUACUUAAAGAAAUAUGAGAAAGUUUCUCAAUAGCUAAAGACUGAAGUUUACUUAUCUUUCAUACUGUAGCCACUAGGUUGGGAACCUACAUAAAGGGCCAAAAGGAUCUGCUCCUAGGACUUUUCCUUCUUUCCUUCUGCCAAUGAAGACUAAAAACAACCUAAGGAUCUCAAAGAUGUUUGCCAGAGAAUGGGAAAACUCAUGCCUUAGCCUGGGAUGGUUUCAUCCUAUGGCCCACUUGAACAGGAUAUACAAAGCAUGACUUGGGUGAUGAGCAUCUAGAUAGGUCUGCCUCGAUGCACCAAGUUUGCACAUGAACCAGAAGGGAUGGCUGGAAUUGAAGGAACCAUGUCUAUCUCCUGAGAAGACUAAUUAAGAAGAGAUCACAAAAGUUGUGUGUGCCUGGUGGCUUUUUUGCUGAAAAAAAAUUAGGGCUUGCUGGUCUAUGCAUCUGCUCCCAUUCAUGCAUUUGGAAGAUGUUUACCUUAUGCAGUACAGCUUGCCUGCUUUGAUUGUGUCCCUUUUUUCUCUUUUUUGCUCUGCUAUGCAAUUCACAUUCUAAAUAAAGUAGGAAGAAAAAUGUUCUGCCCAGGACGAGACUAGAGCAACAAAAGCUGAACAGGACUAUGAAUCUUUAACAAUGUGGAGCAAUAUGAGGAGUUGAUUCCUGAGGCUACCUAUAAAGAGAGAACUGGUGUUUUAAUUUCAUAGCAAAAAGAUAUGAAGGCUGAAAGGGUAUUAAAAUGUUCCACCAAGUAGAAGGAUGGAAAAUUAAAUCAGAAACAAAAGCACCUAAUGUGUUACGCUUCAGUAGAGCUGAAGGGCUAGUUAAAUGGACACUGGAUAAACUGAAUCAAUAGUCUAUUUCAGUGAGAAUAUAUCUGGAAACUGGGAAGUGAUCGUGCCCCUGAUCUGUUGAGUUUAUAUCUAUGGGACUCUGAGGAUUUUUCUGCUGGCCUGUUCUUGCUACAGUAAUCUCUUUUAGGCUGAAAUUCAGAAAGCAUUGUCAAGAAACAGCAGUAGCAGCAGCCAGGGCAGCAGCAUCAGCAACAACAAAAUGACUGUGACGGCCACUUUCAGAUACUUGCCUGAUGUUUCUUAAUGAGAUUCCUAAGGAUGAUGGAAUCCCUCCCAAGAGUGAAGAGACUUUAGCAUCAGCUUUAGGGGAGGUCUGCUUGGCUGCUGGUGAGUAAUUAAUGGACACCUGAUGUCUCUUUUGUAAGGACAUGAGUUGAUGUCAUCAUCACAAGCCCCAUGAUAGGAGAUUGCCUCAGGAGAAAAGAUGAUUUGGAACAACACCACUAUGGACGGGAAAGGGUUGCUUGUGAAAAGGGAUUCUUGCUUUCGAAUCCUCACCGGCUGCUUCCUCUCCUUGCUGAUUCUUUCCACCCUCCUAGGCAAUACACUGGUUUGUGCAGCCGUCAUCAGGUUUCGCCACCUGAGGUCCAAAGUGACCAACUUUUUUGUGAUCUCUUUGGCAGUCUCAGACCUUUUGGUAGCAGUCUUGGUCAUGCCCUGGAAAGCUGUUGCUGAGAUAGCUGGAUUCUGGCCUUUUGGAUCAUUCUGUAACAUCUGGGUAGCUUUUGACAUUAUGUGUUCCACAGCCUCAAUCUUGAAUCUGUGUGUCAUUAGCGUGGACAGGUAUUGGGCCAUCUCCAGUCCUUUCAGGUAUGAGAGGAAAAUGACCCCCAGAGCAGCCUUCAUCAUGAUCAGUGUGGCAUGGACCUUGUCUGUCUUGAUUUCUUUCAUCCCAGUCCAACUGAACUGGCACAAGGCUAAAACCACAAGCUUUCUAGACUUCAAUGCCAGCUUCCAAGGUGUAGCUAUGGACAACUGUGAUUCCAGUUUAAACAGGAUGUAUGCCAUCUCUUCCUCUCUCAUUAGCUUUUACAUCCCAGUGGCCAUCAUGAUAGUUACCUACACAAGGAUAUACAGGAUUGCUCAAAAACAGAUAAGACGGAUUUCAGCCUUGGAACGGGCAGCCGUGCAUGCCAAGAACUGCCAAACUCCUGCUGGCAAUGGAAACAGUCUGGAUUGCCAUCAGCCAGAGAGUUCCUUCAAAAUGUCCUUCAAGAGAGAAACAAAAGUCUUAAAGACUUUGUCAGUGAUCAUGGGGGUGUUUGUUUGCUGCUGGUUACCCUUUUUCAUACUGAACUGCAUGGUGCCCUUCUGUGAACCCACUGUACCAUCCAGGGGAACAGAACCAUUUUGUAUUAGUUCUGCCACUUUUGACAUUUUUGUUUGGUUUGGAUGGGCCAAUUCUUCACUCAACCCCAUCAUCUAUGCCUUCAAUGCCGAUUUCCGCAAGGCAUUUUCCACCCUCUUGGGAUGCUACAGACUCUGCCCUGCUUCUAUUAAUGCUAUAGAGACGGUUAGCAUCAACAACAAUGGGGGCAUAGCUUUUUCCAGUCAGCUUGAGCCCAGAGGGUCCAGCCCCAAAGAGUGUAAUCUGGUCUAUCUCAUCCCCCAUUCCGUUAUAUGCCCAGAAGAGGAUGACCUUGUGAAAAAAGAAGAGGCAGGAGGAUUGCCUAAAACAUUGGAGAAAACAUCUCCAGCCCUAUCAGGGAUCUUGGAUUUUGAAGCUGAUGUGUCUUUGGAAAAGAUCAACCCCAUCACGCAAAAUGGCCAGCAUAAAACCUGAGGGGUAAAGUUAGCCCUUCAAAACAUAAUAGUGCAAGAAAGAUUUUCAAGCUGUUUUUGUUUUGUGGGGUGGGGAGGGGAGGGAGGGGUGAAGAAA